AUGCAGGUCACGCAUGUAAUUGAUCCGCACCAGCCUUCCGGGAAGUUCAUUCUGGCACCCAGUCGACACUCCGUGGAUUCAGCAGCGAUCCAACCGCACGGCACCAAUUCCUCUAAACCCCUACGAACAAACGGGCGCUCCGCAAGGACUAGCGAACGUGUGAAGUCCCCCAACGAGGGCAUUCUUCCUCCCACGCCUCCAUCGGGGAGCGCGAAAGACGUCACCAUGGCCACUUACCCUUGGACCCCCGACCGACUCACUCCCGCUAAUCUUCAAGGCCCGCCAACCCCAGAAACCACCCCACCCACUCCCUCCGUCCCGGUCAGACCCUCCCCCAACCAUUAUCCUUCAUCAGCGGCAGAGUCGUUUAAGACGGCCCAGGAAGACCUCGAUUCGGAGGAGGAAACGCAGACCCAUACUCCAUCCGACAAGCUCUCGACCGAUCUGUAUUACAUGACGAACGGGAAACUAGGACUUCCUGGUGGACCCUCGCCGAAUACCAGUCUUCAUUCUCGGACUAAGAGUACCCCAAUUGACAUGGCUACCGCGAGAGCGGGGAUUAUCAAAGGAAAAGGCGUGCAAUACACCUCGAGCGGUGCCGAUCGUCCUGGUACGCACGACUCUGGCUAUGAUCCCGGAAUGAACGGCGCUAUCAGCGCAUCAGCUUUCCAAAGAUUACGACACGUUCACCCACAGCCCGAACGAGAAGUGCAAUACAGUCCGGUACGGACCGGCCGGAACUCGAUUCCCACUGACGAUAGCACCGCCGUAACCCCCAUGCGACGCAAAUCGCUUGGUCCCAAAAUCCAGACCAACCUCUCCCCCCUCGAUGGCGGCCACUCCAACCGACGAAGCAUCUCCGACGCCUCCCCCCUCUCCGUCGGCGACUCUAUCUCCCACAUCCGCUACGACCCCCGCAAACCCAUCCUCCGCCACGUCUCCAAGCGCGAGUCCCUCCGCCUCCGCGGCGGCAAUCAAUCCGCCUCCAUCUCCCCAAUCACGCUCACGACGUCCAACCGCUCGUCCCUCGUCUCCAAUGAAUCCAGCCCGCCGCACCCACUCCGCCAUAAAUCGCGGACGGUGCCGAAAAAAGUCGCGUUCGGCUCCGCGAUCGACGAUGCUGCGCUGCGGAAUGGCCCCGCGCCGUCCUAUCCGGGCGCGCAGCGCAGCCGCCCCCACGGGAGAAGCAGAUCGCUCGCGGACGACGGCGAUGCGCUGCGCGCGCUUCAGGGGGGCGCGGUGCAGCCGGUUGGCGAGACAUCCAGCAACGCUAUCGAUUCCUCCCCGUCGAAGUCGUCGAAGUCGUCGGGGAGGAGCGUAAAUAGUGGGGCGCCAGGUUCGUAUCUCGACGACGCGCCGGUGGAGGGAAAGUAUGCUACGGAACCUCUGUUGCCGCCCAGUCUACGGAAUCGGGAUGAUGUCGAGUUGUUGGGAGCGGCGCAGUCUCGUGGGCAGGAUACCGUGCCAGGCGCGCAGCCGAGCAAAGGAGAGUUAGCCGUGAAACAGGGCAUAGACAAUGGCCUUGGAGUCAACGCCAACAGCGUUUACCAGGGGUCGCAGCAGAUGCUCGAAGUGCCUUCCAAGGCUCCUUCCAAAGUUCUGCGUACAUCGCAGACAGAUCGUACGUUAUCUGCGGAGAAGCCAAUGACCUCAUCGAGAUUGAAGCCAAUCUUCGAGCCGGAGAGGCCUGCAGUAAAGUUCCAUAUCCCCUCUGAUACCAUACUAAGGCCGGAUUUUACUGGAAAUGCCGGGGCCGGACCGGAGAAGAGAGCUUUGCCUACCCCCAGCCACGUUUCGAACCCAGACUAUGUUCCCUCGGGAGAUCAACCACGGGAUUCUGAUGAGACGAUCGUAGUAAAAAGAAGGGCCGAGAAGGUAGAUGCGACUGAGCAUCCGCCGGACAACAUUCUAGCGAUUACAGCCCUGGUGCCGGAAGAUCCUUCGCAGCAUUCAAAGAGACAGGAUAGAGCGGCUACAAAUGCAGUGGCAAGACCCGAUCGUCUAACAGCACCUCGACUUAGUGCUCAUGCUGACGCAUCGAGUUCAUCUGCAUUUCAUACAAACUCCGAGCGCUCCGUCUCCUUCGACGCCCAACGCAUGAGUUUGGACCGCAUGUCGGUAAAGACCGAUGAUCACUAUGGCCUGAGUGGGUCGAUCAGGCAUCAGCUCACUCCUGGCACGCCAUUCUCUGUUUAUUCCGACGCACCCAGCGCCAUGGAAGUGAGCCAAGCGACGGCAAUCAACCUCUAUCCGCACAACAACGAUUCGCUAUUGCUCGUGCAGCAAGCUGCCCGACCUGGCACGUCAUCUCGUCCGCAAACCCGCGAUGAAGCUACCGCUCAGCCAAAUGACGACUCUGCAGCAGUGAAAGAGGCGACAAAGAAUUUGAAUACAUCGGAUAUUCAUCAACCGACAGUCGUGAUUGAGCCCUCGACUCCUCCUGAUGCGCAUCCUCCAAGCCUCAAGGACGAUAGUCCACUGACCAAUCCACGCCCUGCACCGGCCCCUCCAGCACCUGUGAUACCUCCAGCAUUCCGCGUCAUCCCUCCCACACCAUAUUCGGAUGAAGACCAACAGCUUGGUGAGGCCUCCGCCGAGAAACCUGUAAGGCGAGGCUCCGUUCCGACCCGCCGAACAAGCAUCAAACAACGUGCGCGUCGCUACUCCGACAAUUUUAUCCAGCCGUUCGCCCGUGCCAGCUUCCCCUUCACCCGCCGCGGGGUCACCAACCCAAUCGAUCAGCGCGACGAAUCCCCCAUCUGCGUUCCCCCCAAGCCCGUGAUCACCAUAAUCUCCAACGCCGACCCUCCUAAACGUGUCCUCGACUCCCCCCCUCAAACCGCCCCAGCAAUCACCACCCGCAACCCCCUUCCAUCUCUCCUCCCACUCCCCACGCGCACCCGCCCCCGCUCCUCCACCAUCGACUCCACUCGAUCCCUCCGGCCCACCGACCUCUCCAACACCCUCCACCCCAACUGGCGCCCUCGUCCCCGCCGCGACUCCGACGCCCCCUCCCCCUCCCCACACCGCUACUCCCUCGACGACCUCGACGACCCCGAAUACUACUCCGACUCCGACUCCGGCCCGGACUCCGGCCCGGACCCCGGCAGCCGCCUCCCCCCCGGUGGCGACACCAGCGACAUCGGCGAAGCCCGUGGCCUCGGCAAGGUUCGAGGCAAGGUCCUCGAACGCUUCUCCAGCCUCAAGCAACGCAAACGCCAACGCGCUACCUCCCUCCCCGUCUCCGCCUCGCCGACCGCCCACACGAACGGCGGCCCCCGCGAAGUCGUCAUUACCAACGGCGCCGACCAAGACAGCCCCACCCGCCCCCGCAUCCCCGCCCAUCCCGGCACCAGUGCCGUUGGCGUCGGACUCGACGCACGGGCGUUCCUGCUAGGCAACUCGCUUGGCCUCGACCGCGCGGGGACGAAUCGGCGUAAGCCGCAGAUUGCGGUGACGGGGGAGGUAGGCGGGACGAGACAUGUGCGGGCGAUGUCGGCGUCGACGGCGGGGUCGUGGCGGGGGACUUCGGCGAGUGGGAUGCGGCGGUCGGUGAGCGCGAGUACGUUCCGGACGUCGUCGCGGGAAUCGGGGGAGUCGGAGGAUGCGGCGGAGAGGGCGGGGAUGGUGUAUGGGGGGAGGCCUCGGGGGGUGGAGAAGGGGGUGAGGGUGCCGGGAUUGAGGGGGGUGAGGAUUCACGGUUCUUUGACGGCCGAACGACGGGAUAUUAUAUGUCGUGGGUUGGGAUGGGAAAUGUUUGUCCAUGAUGGGAUAUGGGAGGGAGUUGGUUAUGGCUGUAUCAUUAGUGUGUUCCCGGACGAUGCGAUGAUUCAUGAUAGCGCGGUUAUGGCUGAUUUGGCGAUUGAAUACAGUUUAGUUGGACAUAUAUCUCCUGUGUGCUGCGUUUUAGAGGAACUUGAAAUGGGUUUCCACAGGGCUCCAGCAUGUUCGGAGAGGACGGGGUAA